AUGAUUGAAAACGUCAACAAAAACGGAACUUUGAAAUCCUUCACCCCGUCAUCAACCGCUGAUUUUCGAUCAACAGCUCAUACUCAUUGCAUCAACUCGAAUCGAUUGAAAUUAGCUGAACUUGCCGGAUACAUUCAAUUGAAAUCGAAUUUCAAUUCGAAACACUACUUACUUCAUGUCAGUGAAGAAGCAGGAACCGAUAUGAAACCUGAGAGAAUCAAAAUCAACCAAAUCAUUGAUUUAUUUCCGAUGUUAAAAGAUCUUUAUCGGAAAGAUUUCGAAGAUAUGUUCUAUGUUGUCAAAGUUUGGUUGAAAAUUUUCGUUUUCGUUGUGAAAGUUUAA